AUGGCCGACCAAGAUGACCCUGUCAUUGCUUCCUACGAUGUUUACCUCACCAAGCCAUUAUCCCCAACUGCCAAAGAAGCGGCCUCGAGACUAUAUGUUCUGCAAUACCCAUCACAUAGACCCUACUCGAAACCAUACAAUGCCGCACGAUCGCAGGCUCCCACUUCUCUCCGGCUCAAGCCAAACUCGGGGUUCCUAGAGGUUGACGUGCCCAUCCUGACGCAAGAACACUAUAAUGAGCACGCUGGCGAAAAGUUCGGGAAAGGCGUGGCCGAGAGCCGGACUCUGCAGGCUGGCGGUUCACACGGUCUGGCCGGGGGGUUCUCAGCUGGGUCAACACAGUUGAAGUUCAGGGACAUUCCCAUGCACGACCAGCUCAACAACCCCGUCCAAUAUCUGACCACUCAGACAUUGGGUGGGAAGAUCGUCGCUCCAAGUCCGCGCGAUCCCAUAUAUCUUGUCGGUUCUUUCAAAAAGAAGCAACUCCACCUCUCGCACGUGGAUGCCGUGGUGCAGAUGCGCCCUCAGUUUCAUCACAUUGACGCAGAGGAUGAGCUCGCCCAGAAAAGACUUCAAGCGGCCAAUGGGACUGGGCCAGCCAAGCAGAAACCAGGGUUGGAGGCUCCCCCUCCCAAAGUCGAGUCCAAAGCCAUCGAGAUCAAGAUCAAAGACAACAAGGACGAUGCCAAAGACCGUGGUCUCAAUGAGAAUGCAAGAUUGUUGCGCGACAUUCAGAUGGAGGAUUGGGACCACCACGACUGGGUUGAUGAGGAUGAGUCGGACUCGCAAACCGUCUUCACAACCCAUCUGCAACUGCCCGAUAAUACGGCUCAGACGAGUGUCCGAUUACGCAGCCUGCUCAGCAACGGCGACUGGCUUGAUCGGAUGAGUGCGCCGAGAGAGGACGGCAAGAAAGGACUUUUGGCUAAACUGCGCGGCCGAGAAAGAGAACGGGCCAGGAGGAAGAAGGCGGAAGAAGAAAAGCGCCAGCGCCAGAAGGAUGCCACAGGUGGUACGCAGGCCGGACAUGGUACACUGCCCGACAUGAGUUCAGACAGUGAUCUGAGUACACCGGAGGCUUCGGAGAGCGAGCCUGAUGAGGAUGUCACAAUGACGGAAGCCGACAAUGUCAACCGAGUAUCUAUCAAAGAGGAACCCGCGGCUACUUCCUCGGUAGCCACCGUUGGAGCUUCAGGAGCCCCGGCUCAGGGAACAGGAACUGCUACACCGAAGAAGAGAGGUCGUCCAAAGAAGAACCAAGACCCCAGCGCUGUUGAUGAGUGA